UCUAUUAAAAGUUGUGAAUAUAAUAGAAUAUUAUAUAAUAUUAUAUAAUAAAACAUUAAGCAAAAAUGGGAAAGAAUCAAAGAACACGAAGAGUUGUUAUGCAGAAAUUUGCACAAAUGAAAAAAAUGAUAAGCUUAAGGGAUUCAAGAAUAAAACCUGAGCAUCGUAUACCACCAAAAAAAACUAAAAAAGAAGAUCCUACUCAAUUCAAGAUAACAGAAGCGCCUCAACAAUCUUCUGCAUUAUUUUUUCAAUAUAACACACAAUUGGGACCACCAUAUCAUAUUUUGGUAGAUACAAAUUUUAUAAAUUUCUCAAUUAAAAACAAAUUAGAUAUUAUAGAAAAUAUGAUGGAAUGUCUUUAUGCAAAAUGUAUUCCAUAUAUAACAGAUUGUGUAAUAGGUGAAAUGGAAAAACUAGGUCAGAAAUAUAGAAUAGCUUUAAGGAUUAUGAAAGAUCCUAGAUUUGAAAGAUUGAAUUGCAUGCAUAAAGGUACAUAUGCAGAUGAUUGUAUUAUUAAUAGAGUGACUCAACACAAAUGUUACAUUGUUGCAACUAAUGAUAAAGAUCUAAAGAAGAGAAUACGAAAAAUACCAGGUGUACCUAUAAUGUAUGUUUCUCAACAUAGGUACACCAUAGAAAGAAUGCCAGAUGCAUAUGGAGCACCUAGAAAAUAAUUAUGUUCUUAGUAUUAAAAUUUUUUAUUGUACAGGCAUAUAUAAUAAAACAUGCAUUUUAUAAACAA